AUGGCGGAUCUAUCGAGAAGCGUUCCUUUCGAUCGCAGUCAAUUCGAGGAAUUGAUGAAGAAGCGAUUCUUCUUUUCCCCCUCAUUCCAAAUUUAUGGCGGUAUUAGUGGUCUUUUCGACUAUGGCCCUCCUGGUUCUGCCCUUCAAACCAACAUCGUGGACUUGUGGAGAAAACACUUUAUUAUUGAGGAAAGUAUGUUGGAAGUAGAUUGCUCCAUGCUUACUCCUCAUGAUGUUUUGAAGACUAGCGGCCACGUUGACAAGUUUUGUGAUUGGAUGUGCAAAGAUCCUUCCACUGGUGAGAUCUUCCGUGCUGACCAUUUGGUUGAGGAAGUUUUGGAGGCUCGUUUAAAGGGUGACAAGGAAGCCCGUGCUAAAGAAACUGGUGCUACAAACGUCGCUGUUCAGGAAGAAUCUGAAGACAAGAAAAAGCGCAAGAAAAAGGUGAAGGAAAUUAAGGUCACUCGUCUGGACGAUGAAACUGUGCGCGAAUAUGAAUUUAUCCUUGCUCAGAUUGACAACUAUGACGGCCAACAACUUACUGAUAUCAUGAAGGUUCAUGAUAUUCGUAACCCUGCUAACAAUGGUGAACUUGAAAGCCCUCGCCAGUUUAAUUUGAUGUUUCAGACUCAGAUAGGUCCUAGCGGAGGUUUGCAAGGUUACCUUCGUCCUGAAACCGCUCAGGGUCAAUUCUUGAACUUUAACCGUUUACUCGAAUUCAACAACGGUAAGGUCCCCUUCGCUAGUGCUAUGAUUGGCAAGGCUUUCCGAAACGAAAUCUCUCCCCGUAGUGGUCUUUUACGUGUUCGUGAAUUCUUGAUGGGUGAAGUAGAGCAUUUUGUCGAUCCCCAAAAUAAAGAACAUGAUCGCUUUGAUGAAGUUGCCCAUAUUCCUCUUCGUCUUUUGCCCAGAGCUGUUCAAGUCGAAGGAAAGAGCGAGGUCGUAGAAAUGACUAUUGGUGACGCUGUCAAAAAGGGUGUUGUCGACAAUACCACUUUGGGUUAUUUUAUGGCUCGUAUUAGUCUCUUCUUAGAAAAAAUCGGUAUCGAUAUGUCUCGUCUUCGUUUCCGCCAGCACAUGAGCAACGAAAUGGCUCAUUAUGCUUGCGAUUGCUGGGAUGCCGAAAUUCAAUGUUCAUACGGAUGGAUUGAAUGUGUUGGUUGCGCUGACCGUAGUGCCUACGAUUUGACCGUCCAUAGCAAGGCCACCAAGACUCCUUUGGUUGUUCAAGAAGCUCUUCCUGAACCCAUCGUAGUCGAGGAGUAUGUUGUUGAGGUUAACAAGAAGAAAUUCGGACCUCGUUUCAAGCGUGAUGCCAAGGCUGUCGAAGAAGAAAUGCUUAACUGGACUCAGGAAGUCAAGGAAACCAAGAGUGCUCAAUUGGCUUCUCAAGGUAGGGUUACCGUCGUUGCAAACGGUGUCGAGCACGAAGUAGAUGCCGAACUUGUUACUGUUGAAAAACAACAACGUAAAGAACACACUCGUACCUUUACACCCAACGUUAUCGAGCCUUCCUUUGGCUUGGGCCGUCUCUUGUAUUGCCUUAUGGAACACAGCUUUUGGGCUCGUCCUGAAGACACUCAACGUGGUGUUUUGUCAUUCCCCGCCGUCGUUGCUCCCAUCAAAGCUCUUAUUGUUCCAUUGAGCCGCAACGCUGAAUUCAACCCUGUUGUUCGUAAAUUGUCUGCCAAGCUCCGUAGUUUGGGUGUUUCCAACAAAGUCGACGAUUCGAAUGCUAACAUUGGCCGUCGUUAUGCUCGUAAUGAUGAACUUGGUACCCCAUUUGGCUUGACCGUUGAUUUUGAGACUCUUGAAAAUAGCUCUAUCACUCUUCGUGAGCGUGAUACUACCAAGCAAGUUCGUGGUUCCCAAGAAGACAUAAUCAAUGCCCUUGUAGCCUUAACCGAGGGUAAGAUGUUGUGGAAGAACGCUGUAGAAAAGUUUGGUGAGUUUAAUGCUACUCAAGAUUUUAUUUUUUGGUUGGAUACGAGUAUUAUUCAAACUAUAAUAGCUGAACUAUUUGUAUAA